UGUACGUGUACCCACAUAAUAUGUUUUUGAUUUGAUGAUGUGAGAGGCCCGGUACUCUCUGGGAGGUGUACCCGCGUAUGUUUUUUGAUGAUCCGAGAGGCAAGUCACGCACUUGGAGGUCGGGCCAAAAGAGUGUGAGCUAUCAGAGAGAUCGCAGGAGUUUGCGGGAGUUUAUUUUGCUUCCCGUCUUGUUGUCGGGCUGUAUCAAACUCCUCUCUCUUCCGCUCGCGGUCUCUGAGGGUGUCGUUGAAGGCAGCUCCGUUGAGGGGCUUGUCUGUGCUGUUGCCGUGCUGGCUGGCCUGUCGCUCACGUUCGUCUGUCGGCGGUCGCUUGCCAGUGCAUGCCAUGGCUCCUCCCAGUUUGAAGAUCUGCUGUAUUGGCGCCGGCUAUGUCGGCGGACCGACGAUGGCUAUGAUCGCGCUGAAGUGCCCGGACGUUGAGGUGAACGUCGUGGACAUCAGCAAGGCCAGGAUCGCCGCCUGGAACAGUGAUAAUUUGCCAAUUUACGAACCAGGUCUGAGCGAGGUCGUGGAAGCAUGCCGCGGGAGGAACCUGUUCUUCAGCACGGACGUGGAGCGUCUCGUCGCUGACUGCGAUGUGGUUUUCGUGAGCGUCAACACGCCGACCAAGACCACUGGUCUCGGCGCAGGUAAGGCUGCCGAUUUGACGUACUGGGAGAGCGCGGCGCGUAUGAUUGCCACGGUGUCGAAGAGCGACAAAAUCGUCGUGGAGAAAUCUACGGUGCCCGUGAAGACUGCGGAAGCGAUCGAGAAGGUGCUGUCGCAUAACGCCAAAGGCAUCAAGUUCCAGAUUCUGUCCAAUCCAGAGUUCCUUGCGGAAGGUACAGCAAUCCAGGACUUGGCGUUUCCUGACAGAGUGUUGAUAGGUGGGAGGGACACGGAGGGGGGUCAGAAAGCGGUGAACACCUUGAAGAGCGUAUACGCCCGCUGGGUUCCGGAGGACAAGAUCAUCACCACGGGUCUGUGGUCGGCGGAGCUGUCGAAGCUCGCCGCCAACGCAAUUCUCGCGCAGCGCAUUUCCUCAGUCAAUGCCAUCUCCGCUCUCUGCGAGUCGACCGGCGCCGACGUCAGCGAAGUGGCUUUUGCAAUUGGCAAGGAUACGAGAAUUGGCCCCAAAUUUCUGCAGAGCAGUGUUGGAUUCGGAGGGUCGUGUUUCCAGAAGGACAUUCUCAAUCUGGUGUACAUCUGUGAGUGCAACGGAUUGAGUGAGGUGGCCCAUUACUGGAAACAAGUGGUUGCUAUCAACGACUACCAGAAGUCGAGGUUCGCGAAGAGAGUGAUUUCGUCGAUGUUCAACACCGUGGCGGGUAAGAAGAUUGCUAUUUUGGGAUUCGCAUUCAAGAAGGAUACGGGCGACACGAGGGAAACUCCUGCCAUCGACGUCUGCCACGGAUUGCUUGGCGAUCGAGCGGUUCUGACCAUUUUCGACCCUCAGGUGCCGGAAGAGCAAAUUCGUCGAGACUUGUCCAUGAACAAGUUUGAGUGGGAUCAUCCUCAUCAGCUUCAUUCGCAUGGUGGAUCGGUCACGUCGAAGAUCGAGUAUGCCACUGAUGUGUACGAGGCGUGUAAGGGCGCGCAUGGUAUCUGUAUCUUAACCGAGUGGGAAAUGUUCAGGAAUUUGGACUACCAGCGAAUUUAUGACAAUAUGCAGAAACCUGCUUUCCUCUUCGACGGACGUAAUAUCGUUAAGGUCGCCGACAUGCGGAAGAUGGGCUUCAUCGUCUAUUCCAUUGGUAAGCCUCUCGACCCGUGGGUCAAAGACCUGCAGAUCAAUAUUUGAUGGAAUCAGGUUUGAGUAUAUUUAGGGAUUUGUUUCUAUUGUUAUAUUAUUACUGGCCCAGCUCUCUCAAUUGCCGUAUCAGUCGGUUCAACAGCGCUGCUGCCUGCUGCCAUCGGUAAUUGCUGCAUAUCAACCUUUCGUUCCUUGUUCCGAGCUUCCUGAUAAAUAGUGGUGGUGGCGCUCCAGGUCUCUGUUCCCAUUUGUCCCGUGCCGUCGGUUCAACAGCGCUGCUGCCUGCUCUGCUGCUGUCAUGUCGUGAGAGGCCCAGCAGACAGACAAGUUAUGUAUGCCUCUUUGGCCGUCCUGGUAUGGUUGAGGACCGUCCCGCUCCUUUACUAGUCCUCGUCUAGAGUGCUAGGUCUCUUACUCGUUGAGAAAUUUUUGACCUAACUUCGGCGGUUUUUCGACUCAGCUUUCGAAGCUCUUCACUGGUCCUCCUGCUGCUGCUGGUUAAUUAGAGGAAGGUUUGGUCAGCAAUGUUUCAUUUCUUUUUGACAGUUUCUUUUAUGGCGCUCGAGUCGUACUACCGUUACCGUGGGUAUCAUCUCGUUCGUAUCCGGUGGAGGACGACGACCGGAGGGGGAUUAUUUCCGUUUCGUAAGCACUCUCGCCUGCUUUCUCGCUCAUCGACGUGCUUUGGAUUAGUAGGUGUUUCUUGACGUCAGCAUUUUUAGUGUUUGUUGCCUUCUCCGCUGCUUUCUCCGCUUCUUUGCGCCUCUUUGUCUAAUGCUUUUGCUGCUGCCUCUGCCUCUUUGUCUGCUUUUGCUGCUGCUGCCUGCUAUUGCUGCCGGACUGCCAAGUGGGAGAAUUCGAAUAAUGGCGGGGUCAGUUGAGUUCGACGACGGCUUUGAGCUCCUCACUUAUAGCAGCUCCUGCCCUGCUAAUAAGAGACCCUGCGCCUCGCGAUGAGAACUUGCUGAGAGAAAGAGAGAGACACAGAGAGGAGGGAGUUUGAGCGGGACUCGUUUUAUCGUCGACGUUCUGGUCUU